AUGAAGAUCCAGGAGUCUAAAGUCGAAAGCAAGCUCGCACAGUCGGAGUUUUCUGCGGACCUCACUUUGGAGUUGAGCGUCUUCGCCGACCAGGUGCUCAAGCUCGAGAGACAUACCAAGCAUCCAGAGAAGCGAAAGACGCUCUCUGGUUUCAGACGUCUCAGUGGCUUCGCCACAAGUCAUGCUGGCUGGCUGUUUCUGACGGGCACUGCGCGCCGGACGGACAGAGCGUCUGACGCAGAACCAGAACCCACGAGGGUGCAUCCUGAAUCAUCUCUUAGAUGCCAAUCGCUUUCGGGCUGCCACCGUCUGCCAAGUUUCAGCACCAGCUCGGCCGGCAUGCUUUUCACCAUGCGGCGACAAACGCGGCUCACCUCGAGUGCUGAUAGACAAGAUCUUGUCUUGGGUAAUUAG